AGGUAAUUAUAGGAUUCUGUUAUUUUGCACCGAUGUGCCAUUAUAAAUUAUUUCCCCUUGUUUCUUAGCUCUUCAUGUCUAAUUACACUAUAACCAUACAGAUUGUAGCUCUGGGUUCUUACAUUGCUUUUUCUUUUAUUUCUUCCAGCUGUGAAACGCAUCACAUUAUUCAGGCACAAAAUCGCACUUAAGGCUGGUACUCGGAGUCUACUUCCCUGCACGUUCUACUCCGACAGUGCAGUUAAUCCAGCCGAACUUGAAUUAGAAUGGGAGAAGGUUCCUGUAGGUGGGGGGAAGUACACCCCUUUAAUCCACCUUUACAGCAACAGUGUUGAGACCUACCAUGAGAACAGUGAGAAAUACCAGCUCUUUGUCUCUCUGGUGUCUAGUGGGAACUGUACUCUGAUUAUCAAUCCCACAGAAGACACGGACAGUGGAAUAUAUGAAUUCUGGAUGUCGGUGAAUGAGGAACUGUAUGAACCCUCUUCCAAGAUCAAAGUUGACAUUUUGGAUGAAAAGAAAACUUCUUCUCAAUCAUGGGCAUUUUGGUCCAAGAAAACUACAACCGCUCCAACCACUACAACUACUAGAACAACUCCAACUACUAGAACUACUACAGCCAUUACAACUAGUAGAACUACUGUAAGAACCAGCACAAAGCCGCCAGCUACAGACAGCAGUGAUAACGCCAUGAGCGCGGUACCUGUAGCGCUGCUCAUUGUCCUACCAGCGCUUGUGCCAGCCAUAGUCAUUUUAGGACUUGUAAGUUAUCUGUAUUGCAAACUGAAGUUUAAACGUGAAUCUGUGACUGUAGAAAACCCACAAGUGAGCACCCCAGCAACAGAGUCUCAGAGUGCAACAACUCUUGAAGCUGAGGAGGAAAUUGAUGAAGAGGAAACUAGUGAAGAAGAGGACACUAGUGAAGAAGAGGAAACUAGUGAAGAAGAGGAAACUAGUGAAGAAGAGGAAACCACUAAAGAAAAGGAAACUAAUGACAAAGCCACUAAUACAAUGCCGCCAGCUACAAACAGCAGUGAUACCACCAUGAGCGAGGUACCUGUAGUGCUGAUGGUUGUUGUACCAGUUUGUGUGCCAGCCAUAGUCAUUUUAGGACUUGUAAGUGCAACAACUCUUGAAGCUGAGGAGGAAAUUGAUGAAGAGAAAACUAGUAAAGAAGAGGAAACUAAUGAGGAUGGCAAUGAAAGUAAUCUCUUAAAGAGAAGCCAAGUGAAAACAAUGAAAAAGAAUAUAAAUCGUUGUCUCCAGAACCAGGAGUGGAAUAACGGGGUACCAUGCCCACAUCGGUUCAUCUGGUGAUGUAGAGAAGCCUGCUCCGGUGAACUGACAGCGUAUGGGCAUGGUACCUACAUUGUACAGGCCACAAAGGGUGGCAAAUGUGUAGGACCGCAUCAUAAGAAAGAAGGGAGCUGCACAGAAUUGGGGGAGAUUUAAAUCGCUGUCAAAUCUUCCUACCCAAUGCGGCUCCCUUUGGUGCGGGGGUGGGUUAGGGGCAUACGUGUACGUAUAGAUACUUGUG